AUGUAUCGGUGGGGCAACUGGCAGUUGCGGAGCAAGACCAAAUUGGAUACCUCUCCGAUGGAGUCUUCGGUGAUGAUGGAUCCUCAAAUGGCCGAGGACAUCACAGUAUUGGAGCAGUACCUAUCUCCAAAGCCCAUAGAGUCUCAAUCUAUGGCCAAGCCGUACCGCACAGUAUCGACCGCCUCAACAAAUCCGAUUGUCUACCUCACAGUUCCAAGGAUCCGUAAAGGUUUAAAGGCAUCAGCAGAUCCUGGCGGAACGCAGAGGGAGAUCAUCGAGCAAGUCUUGAGCCCACAUGCUGCUGAAGUGCGCAGGCUUUACUUUGAUUACCUCCACCCGUGCUUUCCAAUACUGGACGAGCAGACCUUUCUUCAUUUGUGGCAAAAGAACAAUAAUCUUGUAUCAUCAACUUUGAUGUGCGACAUGUACGCUUCAGCGUUGCUCUACUGGCACAGGUCCGAAGUGCUCCGCCAGCACCCAAGACCCGAUCUCAACUUCAUUUGGAACAACGCGAUCACCGCGCUCCAAGACGACUUUCUUGGCCCAACCAUUUCUACAGUCCCUGCUGCUUUGCUAGACAUGUUGGGAAGGCCUGUCAGAGCGGUGACUGGUAAUAUCGUGAAUGCAGGAAGAGUCGUCACUCUCGCACAGAGCCUGGGCCUACACCGAGAUCCAUCUUCGUGGAAAAUUACAGUACACGAGAAGAACGUGCGUAUGCGUCUGUGGUGGGGUGUCGUCAUACAUGAUCACUGGUCUAGUGUCGGCCAUGGCAUACCGCCCACCAUCAAUCCUAGGUACUACGAUGUUCCGCCCGUUACUUCUGACAUGCUCGCCUUUCCAACAAUUCCGCAGUCGUGCCUCAACUCUGCGUCGACCUUUAUACAGCUUUGUAAGCUCACGCAAAUACUGGGGGAAGUUCUUCCUCAUGUAUAUGCACUUCGACUGGACCUGGACGAGCUAUGGACGUGCUUGAGGAAGACAGAGUACGCCUUGGACAACUGGCUAGCAGAUUUGCCACCAUCUCUCAUAUUCAACCGCCUUACAAGCGCUUCAAGUGUGAAUGGAAGCAGCAACCUGUGGUUUGCGUUCUUGUCUAUAAAGUUACUUACAUGCCGCCUCGCGGUCAAGGCAACACUGAAAGAAACCACAUCUUCGACAGAGAUUCAGUAUUGCCGACUUGUAAGUCUCCGAGAAGCAUCAUGCGCGACUGUGGACUUUGUCGCGUCGCUGCAGCAUGCGCAGCUGCAAGAGUUUUGGCUCCCCUAUACAUCCUAUCUCCUCGUUUCGGCUGCCACAAUUCUGCUCAGAUGCACAAUUGAGUGUGAAGAUCUAGCAACGAAAAAAUCAUGUAUAUCAAAGCUUAUCGUCUUCCGAGACCGGCUUCGAACAGCUAGAGAAGAGUCCGAAUGGGACCUGGCAGACUUCUGCCUCGAAAGGUGCGAAGAGCCGAUACAGAAGCUUGCAGACGCCUUCCAAACUAUCUCGUAUUCGAGACAGGAAGCGCGUACCGAAACUAUGGCGAGCAUAUCGCAUGAUAAACCGAUAGAGGUGGGCAUCGCGGAUUACUCAGGAGAUGAGCCCAUCGCUUUGCCAGAUCUAUUCCUAUCAUUAGAUACACUUGAAUACCCUUGGGAUAACCUCUGGGAUACAUUCGAAGCUUCAUGGCCGGCAUGA